UACGCGGUAUUUGCGAAAUAGAGGCUACGCGAGACAGCGAUGUUACAUUUGUGGGAUUGCUCAUUUGCCACACUGGGUAGAAAUACUCGGUAAGCUUGUAUAGUAUAACGUUGGGUUAACACAUCAGUGCCGUAUAGACUGAGCGGUUGUUGACACGCGUGUUGUAGCAUUGAGGUCAAAGUUCAGAUAAAGCACACAGUGUGACAGCCAGGUACCAUGGAGUAUUGGAGACUUGUGGCUGUGCCCGCUCUGCUGGGGACGCUGAUGUUGAUGUUUUCCUCCAGAACCUUGCUGGACGUGGCCUCGCAUGGGCACCACGAGGACCUGCGGGACCCUGCAGGAGCUCUGUUGUUUUCUCUGGCACUGUCUGCCCCCACCUGUGUUUACCUUGUCCUAAAAUUUGGACACGGCAACAUCCUGAUCUCCGGAGCCGUUGUCAUGGUUACAGGACUGUUUGUCCCGUCUCUGGUCAGCACACCCAUGACCUCAGUCGUGUUGUUUGGACUUCUCUACGGGGCGGGCGUCUCCAUGUUGUUCCAAGCGAGUGUACACGCCCUGGGUGACGUGUUCUACAGAUGCAGCCUCCUGGUGCCCGCUGUGCUACUGACCGCCUGUGCCCUGGUCAUGUCAACCACCCAGGGGCUGAUCGAGACGGCUUUUGUCAAGCUGGCCCCUUGCUACGUCUACCUGGCCACAGCAGGGUUGGCCAUCUUAGUGUGCGUUGGCCCGGCCAUAUUUCUCAUUCUCAAUGACAGGAGAAACAAUCACAACACACCAGACAACAAAGAUGUAACGCAGCACUUUAUGGCAGAAGUUAAUGUGAGCUGUGACGUCAGAAAAAUAGCGCUCUCCAAACGUGAGCUAUUGCGCCAAGAUUUUACUCACAGGGUCGGUGUUAUGUUGGUCUGGGCAACAGGGACCGACCUAGCGCUGAUGAGAGAGACCAAGCUUGACCUACCAGUUCUGAUUACCUUGUGUGUACUCUCCUUGCUGAACCUCGGCUACCGAAUCCUUCAAUCGCGUGCCAUUAAAAAUAGAACUGAUUGCUGCGUCAACACGCCAUCUUCCACACACUUCAUCCCGUUGGGACUUAUGGGUGUUAGCGGUGUGCUGUUGACGUUGCUCCCUCUAAAAACCGACCCUCUUCACCAUAGCCUCGUUUUCAUCGCUGGCUACUUCCUUCAGAUGAACUUAUCAUCCCAUCAAUGUCCAACUCACGUGACCACAACAUCACGUGACAGUUACAAUAAUAAAACGGCAUUGUGUGAAGAGACGUGUCUCCCGAUGGCAGAAGACAAGCGACACGAGGCGGGGGGUAGGCCGGACGCUGCCAGAAGGUUCCAGAAGGUAGUCUCGCUGAUGGACGGCGUCAACUGGACAGUCAAUGAGAUUUGUGUCCAUGUCGUGUUUACAUUAUGUGCGAUGAUCUUGGGAUAUGUAAUCGCAUAUCCAUUGUCCUACUGCGGGCACAGCCAUUUGGUUCUUACAUCCCUGGCCUCAGGUAACAGCUUGGUCUUGUUUUCUGGUGCAGCCAUUUUUCUUUCGCUCCAGCGACCAACAUGACGGAAGUUGGAUUUACGUCACUUGUCUUUUGCUCAAAACGAGAUCUGAAUUUUUCAAACACGCGCAUUAGCCCAAACGUAUUGAAUCUACAACUAGAGACAGAAAAGUGACCAAACUCUAAAGACACGUUGUUUACACUGGGCAGUACAACAGAUAUUUAAGCCACUGAAGGGGUCACGCACCACAGGAUUCACAAAGUAUUCAUAACAUAAUGUUGUUUACACAGGCGAAACCACGAUAGUGUCGUAGCUAGGGUUCUGUCGGCGAUUCUUUUGUUUCCCCCAAAAUUAUUGUAUCAGAAAGGUGUCGUUAAAACAG